CGUGGAUUGUCUUUGUCUUCGUACCUGAACACUGGGGAGCAAAUGAAUCAGCAUCUGACCAUGCACCACACCAUUGAGGAACAACAUCUUUUCCCUAUCCUGGCGCAAAAGAUGCCCCAAUUCGCCAAGGACAAGGAUGGUGCACAUUUAAGUUCACACAAAGGAAUUCAUGAUGGGCUUGAAAAGCUCUCUAGCUUACUUGCCAAGUGGCGCAAAAGCCCGUCGACUUAUUCACCAUCAGAGAUGAGAAACUGUUUGGAUGGUUUUAGGGAGGUUUUAUUUCGCCAUUUAGAUGAGGAGGUAAGCAACUUGCGAGGUGAAAACUUGAAGAAAUACUUUACACUCGAGGAGGUAGAAAGAUUUCCAGUCUAA